GUGGUAACAUCCAUAUGUCUAAAUUGGAAUACAAAUGGCGGCUAUGUCCCCGUCUGAGCGGAGAUUACAAAAAGAACUAAUGUCCCUGAUGAGGGAGCCUCCACCGGGAGUCACCGUGGACGGAGAUCAGGCCAGCCAAAAUCUAACACUGUGGACAGUACACAUGGAAGGCGUCCCCGGCACCCUGUACGAGGGCGAGAAGUUCGUCCUCCAGUUCAAAUUCACCAACAAGUACCCCUUCGACUCCCCAGAGGUCACAUUCAUAGGCAACAACAUCCCCAUACACCCGCACGUAUACUCCAACGGGCACAUUUGCCUGUCCAUUUUAACGGACGACUGGUCGCCGGCACUAUCCGUACAAUCAGUCUGUCUGUCCAUCGUAUCUAUGCUAUCGAGCUGCAAGGAGAAGAAACGGCCACCAGACAACUCGUUUUAUGUCAAAACCUGCAGCAAAAAUCCUAAGAAAACGAAAUGGUGGUAUCACGACGACUCCGUGUAACCAGUAAGCACGUUGGCUGUAUCGCGCAUGGACGAUAUGUGGUCAGUGCCAGUGUCGAGUGUACAUACUUAUAUAGCGGGGCGCCGCGGGCUAUCGGUCGCGUUUUGUAUACAAAUACUACUUAUUCAAUAUUGGAAAAUUAAAAUCUAGGGUUAAAACAUAACUACAACUUUUAUCGUUCAAAAGGAAUCGCCACAUGUCGACGCUGAAUCGAUUUAAACCGAUUAGGAUAGGUUCUGAAGACGCUAGCGGCCGUUGACUCGACAUCGGUAACAUGUGUAUGUGUGUGGAAUGUCAUUUACUGAUUUGGCGUUGAUAAAUGUGGUGACACGAUGACACCUACUGAUGUUUUCUAUUCCCAAAAGGGAAACUUGUGAUAUAUUCUAGAAUUGUCCGAUAACAUUUCCAACUUUUUUGAAAACUUUCCGAUUUUCUUCUCUGACACCCUAAUGAUUAUUUUGUCGGGACAUGAAGUAUAAUUUUAUAAAACCAAGGGUUCCAUCUAGACACUUGUCACACAUAAUAGAUGCAAUGCAACCUUUUGUUGCCCCAGUGUUAAUACUUUGGCAACAAGGAGUUGAAUUUCAGUACCAUUUUGUACCUUGUCACAAUGGCAAUAGUAUGAGGUCCCUAGCAAAAAAAUAUUGCUCAAGUGAUUCAUAAAAACUAGUUUAUCAACGUCUUAUGUUGAUAAAAAUAAAGACUUAAAUUGUAUUAUAAAAAAGCAAGAAUCGAUAAUGAUAUUAUACAUAUUUCUAUACAAAACACGACCGACAUUACCAAUGGGAAAUCGUAUUUUGUCAGUGCUAAAUAAAUGUAAGUAGCAUAAUAGGAUAUGAAAUCAAAUAAAUGUACUGCUUAGAUCCGGAGAAAUUGUUUGUCGAAUUAUAAUUGUAUAUAAUUAUUGAUUAUAUUUAUGAUGCAACCAGAAACAUGAUCAAUUGAUCGUUAUACCAACUGGUUUUAGUAUUACUCAAUUUUAUUAAAAUCGGUUAUAGAAAGCUAGACUUUGAAACAUCAUUUAUACUCAGUUCUUUUUUUCUUAGUGUCCAUGACAGUUUUGUAUGUAAACUUAUGUGCCUAUAAUCGUUGUCAUCUUUAUACAAGUUACAGAUUUGCAAGUAUAAUUAAUUAUUUCAUCUUUGUAGCAUAUUUUAAAACUAUUUGAUAAAAACAUGUAAAAACUAAUGAUUAUGUUUCUGGUUAUCUUUUUAUUGCCUAACUGCAGGUAGUUCAAGGAUAUUUUUUGAAAAAUAAAAUGACAGAUACAAUAUAUUUCCAAAAAAUGCUUUUAUCUUCUUUGUACGUUUUGCGUUUAUAAGAGCAAGUUUAAAACUUAAAUAUACACAUUAUUUUUCACAAUAAAACACCUUGAUAUGUAUUAUAAAACCAAAGGUUUGGAUAUGUUACUGUUCCCAAAUUCAUAUAAGUGUGAGACGACUUCAUGUAAUCGAAAUACCUGUUUUAAGUGUGAUAUAUAGACCGGGAAGUGAUUGUUGGAUCCCUGUGAAAUAUUCUUGUGAUGUCUUUACAAUUUGGUGCCCGUGUCCAGGAUACGGGAACAUGGACAGUUGAUAAAAUCAACACCAAAACAAGCGGAUCGGACACGUCAAAAUAAUAUCUACCCUAUAAAAGAGAUUUAAAUAUCGCGAACUGUAAAGAUUUAUCUCUAUUUUAAAAGUCACCCAGGAUGGCAGAUACUUUUGGCGCAUCGUUUCAUCCGCUACUAUUGAUAACUGUAUGAUUUAAUUGCUUUGAAAUGUACUAAUUGCUUUAAAUUAUCUUUUCAACUGAACCUUGUCUUCUCACAAGUAGAAAAUGUCAAAGCGAACUAUUGAAAUAUAUCUCAAAGAACUUCCUGGUCACUAAAAUAUAGUAAUAUACUCAGAUAAUUGAUUUAAGUGUGAUUUCAAAAUGUUUGGCUAUAAUUUACUGGUGAACCUACUUUAAGUCUCGGAAAACUGUGGUCAAAACCGAAUUGUAUUCAUAUCGUUGCAUAUUUUAUAUGUGGUGUUUGUCAACUAAAACUAUUAUAAAACAAUAUGCUGGUACAUAUUUGACAGAAAAACACAGCAAAGUACUAAUUUCAAAAAAAAUCCAACUAUUUUUCAAUACUAGGUAAAACCCUCUUUAGUUUGGCCUGUAACGAAAAUGUAAAAAAAAAUAUUUAGGCAGGCAGUCACACCGCUGACGAUUAGCUAGAACCAUUUUUUUAAGAGCGAGGAUAUUUAAUAAUAAUAGAAAAUAAUCAAUUGCUAUUCACUUUUUCGUUUGCGAUGAGACAGGCACAUCUUAUCAGAAGUCUGGUCACAAACUUAUCUGUGCUUUUCUGUCAAAGAAAGAUAUAUAAAAAAAGAAAAUGUAUACAUCCCUAAUUUAAUGUCCUACAUCGUGUAAAAUAAAUAAAAUAAUAUUGUCCUAUGGCCUCCAGGUCAAAUUAUUGCACAAUAUAGUAUUCUACAUAUAGACAGAAAGCUAGAUAAUAUAGUGCAAUAAUUUGACCGCGGGGCAUGUCACAUCUGUUAGGAUUGGUCAAUUAAAUUUGAUUUAAGCCAUAUAUUCACUGAGAAAUAUUUAACUUCAAGGAAUUCAUAUUGAUUUAUUUUAAGAAUAUGCGGAGCAGUGUAAUGCUGGAAACGCUUAUGAGUCGCUGACCCAAUAUUACAGGGUUCUAUGUUACAUUUUUAAGAUAGUUGAAAUUCGAAUUAAUGUAACUAGGUAUUAUAUGACAAUGUUCAAAUUUCAGUUCGAUAAAAGUGAAACAUAGAACCCUGUAAUAUUGGGCCAGCGAAUGUUAUGGUCUUAUAGCGUAUGCUAUCAAUGUAACCUUCAUGCUAUCAAAUAAGAUCUAUAUUGGCUUGCUUGCGCCUAUGAUAUUGGCGUGUGUGACAUAAAAAAUAGAAAUGUUUCUCAGUGAAUAAAUAGCUUUAGAAUAAGUGUUGAUGUCUCAAAUAUGUAACCGUGAGUCAUUUGGAAUUUUAUUUAAAGAGUUCUACCGGUGGAUGAAAUCUGUAAAUGUGAAAUAUGGCGGAUUUGAUGAAUUUUAAGUGCUGAAUUCGUAAAUUCAUUUCGGCACCAAAGACUGGUGACUGAAAGUUGAUUCUGGUUUUUGUAGUUUUUUUAGAUAUUCUCAAUGGAAUUUUCAUACUCAUACUUUUAUUUCUAUUAUGGCUAACAUUGUCAAACUCCAUGAUUUCAACUAAGAUUUAUAACUUUUAGAUAUGGGUUAUUCCACGAAAAUGUAACACGAGUCACUAUUUCAUUGCGUGUUUUAUUAUUUCAAGAUCGCUUAAAUUUUACAUCCUAAAUAAAAGGAACACGGGUUAGCAACUAGCAAAGAUUCUUUUAUAGAUGGCGGAUACACUAUUCGUAGGAUUUACAAGUAAAACUGAUGCCAUCUAUAAAAUACUUCGUCCGGCCAACCCUAUAAGGCUAAAACUAUGAGCUCUUAGAUAGAUUUCAUAGCAUCACAAUUUUCAGUGUUUGAACGCCAGUGUCAGCUUUCAGUGGCGGUCGUUAGGCUAGGCACACAUUCCUGUCGAAAUUGUACGAGGGCGAUAACAUGUGUAUUGAAUAAAACAACCUGCUUAAUUUAUUGAAAUAAAAACGUUAAACAUG